AUUCUAAUAUUUUCCUGACAUCGAGACGCAUGAAAACGUCAAAGAUAGCUCCGAAUAAAUUACAAAAUUCUGUGAGCAAUGAUGAAGCUGACGAGAAAUGGUGUUGGAAAAGAGAAGAGAGAACGGAAGAAGACAAUAUUAAUGCUAGGAAUACCUUGAAGAAGAGUUUUUCAGACUGUACUCUUGUAAAUCGAACAGAUAAUAAAUAUUUUAGCUCAGCCCUUCAAUGCAAUCGUAUGAGAGUGCGGAGAGGAGCGUUAGCAGACCCUGAAAAAAUGGCUAUGGAUCAAGAAACAAGGGAACAAGUUGAAAAGGAAAGAGAUAUGAGAAAAAAGAGUUUUCCUAAUAAAUUAUCAUACUACUUAAAGACAUUACUAAACUCAGACGAAUUAGAAGUGGACCUUACGUGA